AUGACCUCCCUCUGUGUUUUAAAAAUCAAACUACUUUUAGUUGUUCUGUUGUUUGAUUUUUCUAUUGUUCAAAGCAUUUCCGUGGCAAACGAAGAAGAGAACCUGUACAAACAUCCAGAGUCUCCUGGUGCUACUGUGAUCAAGCUGAAGCAGGGAGUUUAUUUUCCGGAAGACCCUUGUUCCUCGAAUCCCUGUCUCCAUGGCGGCCUCUGUCGUCCACACCCGAUCCUUCCGCCACCCGCGUUCUCGUGCGCAUGCGCGCUCGGCAGGAAGGGGAAGAUAUGCAGUGAAUACAUCCAGUCGUGUGAUCUCCAGCCGUGCCUGACCAGGUCAGACUGCAUCGCGACCCCUGACGGAGCACUGUGUAUCUGUGACACCGCGGACUUUGGACACUUCUGUUUGAUCCAGAUGGAACACAAAACCGAAUGGCAGAGACUACGGGAAGUGGUAACGGUUCGGACGGUACACACGCUGACGAUAGCCGCCAUCAUCGUGUCUUCACUAGAGGGUAUCCUGUGUCUUUGCUCAAUCGUUCACUGCUGCAGAGUCGCGAGGACAAGACACAAACACCGGGAGAUGUUCCUAUCCGUAGUGGAUCGAGGGGAGGUUCCGGCGAUCAUGCCGCCCGACUGGCUCGACGUCCACCGUCACUAUAUGGCUGUAUCAACGUGCCGCAAUCCGGAGCCGCUUCCGGUGACCUACUCCCCGGAGAGCUCGGGCGACCGGAAACACCGUCGUCACGGAAAACAUCGAAAGGAGCGACCGGAAAAGGAGUAUGAAGAGAAGUCAGACCGAAAGAGCAAAAAAGAAAGAAGACGGUCUCGUGAUAUCUAGAAAAAGUAGCUCAGGACAACGAGGGUGAACGGGAUGACCUCAAAUAUUAAGUUAUUAACCAUGAAGACAUCCAAGUGAAC